AAGUCAGACGAAUUCUCGAAGCUAUCAAUUCUUGAAUGCGCCUGGGGCUCUUGAUCUUUGGAAUUCAGGAUAUCGCCCGAUUCUGAAAAACGGUAGCUAUACCAUGAAUGACAUAUACCCCAAUGCUCUAUCUUCGUCCUUGACUUAUGCGGCUCACAAUUUGGUGAACAACGGAAGUUUAUUUGUCUCUAUGUGGGUGAAAAGGAGCUCGAGUGAUCCUGCCGUAACUGAGUUGUUCGUAACGAAGUCUAGAACGGAAGUUAACCAAAAGACUGCAGAUGGUUACUAUGUUGUUCCUGGGGCUACAACAGGAUGUUCUUCCAAGUUUAACGAGAUGGGCUUCAUUCUGUUCAAGCGAGGCAAUGGUCCAGCUAUCACCAACAUUUCGUUUUCCAUGCGCCCAUCGUGGUACAACGUUUCAUCGCCGUUUCUCACUGCUCCCUUGUACUUUUCAACGGUGAGCAUCAAUAUCAUACAAAGGAGCCUUCGGUGGGUCCCAGAAUAUGCAGGGUAUUAUGUUUUUUGUUACGUUGGAACAUACUGGCAACAGCCAACAGCUGCUCUUUCCUCGACGCAAAGAUGUAUCCUCUAUAACAUUCGUCAAGAUCCGGGACCCAGCUUUGUGCCUCAUGUAAAUCUUAGCACCACCAUGGGCAAAUUACUUUACUUCAAUGUGACUUUCAGAGAUAUCAAUCACGCGGACGAGGUGGUCGCCAUCUCCUUCGACACCCAAGGGCUGACGUUGACGGGAGCAACAUUCCUUUCGAAUGUGGUUGAGCCUUAUGACGCCUUGUCAAAGUCCACAUCUCGUCUGGUGCAGUGGUUUCCUGAUUCUAUGUAUGGCGGGUUUGCAGGUGAGGUAUGCUUCGUCGCUCAAGAUGUGGGCGGUCCGUUUCGAACGGCUCAGUCUAGCCUCGGGUGCAUCUUCAUCAGCGUCGCUCGUUGCAAGUGGUACGUGCAGAGUGAAGACUCUCUUGUGCAAGUCGCUGCGCGAUUUGCAACCAACUGGCUCCAAGUCUGGCACUUCAACCCAGACCUGCUGAACCCUGACAUCGGCCUCCCUCCUGCCAAGGAGAUCAACAUUGGCCAUCUCUACCAGAUCGAACCGCAUGAUUCCGUGGCCUCCCUUGCGCAGAGAUUUGGAACUUCGGACAAGCAUAUCUACAUGAACAACUGGGACAUCGCCAGGACCCCACCUGAGUUGAUCCCUGUGGGCUACACGAUUUGCAUAAUCCCCAAUUCUUGCGUCUCAGCAGCGGCAGUUUGAGCUCCUGCGACUUUAGCUUACCCCUUCCUUUAACUCUAGUUUUUAACAUCCCUACGAUGCUUGCGAUGUUGUCGCCUUCUAUGCUACAGCAAACAUGUUUAGUAAACCAAGGAAUCGUU